AUGGACAAUCCUGUGCUGUGGAAUGUGAAGAUGACAAAUUAUAGGCGAAAAGACAAGAAAGAGAAUAUCUGGGAAGAGCAAGCACAUCAGAUGAAUAAGACUGUUGACAUCCUCAAGGGCUGGUUCAGAUCGCUGCGCGACACCAAUACGCGCCUUGACAAAAAGAAAAGCGGGGAUAGUGCUCCAAACCUGACUAAGAGUGAACAGUGGAUCCUCUCAAAGUUUGCCUUCCUGAAGACUGUCACUCGCCACCGACCGGAGCCCAUGCAGAGUCUUUACAGAGGAGAUCUCAAUGCUGCCGAGAGCGCCUGCGCUGGUAUGCAAGAUGUCUUAGAUGAAGUCACUCCAAUACCAUCAUCUACCGCUGGAAGGUCCCACAAGCGACCUCAGGACACAGAGAGUGACGUCCUUGAGACUUUACAGAAGAAAGUUGCUGAGUCUGGCACUAUCCUCAACGACAUCUACAAAGCUAAACAACAGCCCAUUACAGCACGAAGUGUCUUUGCAAAUUAUGUUAAAGAGAGCCUUUUGACUAUGUCCAAGUCCAAGUACACGAAGGCAAGGUCCUCCAUCAAUAGGUUAUUGUCUGAACUCAUGGAUGAGGACAGCGAUGAUGAAUUUCCAAGUGCAAUGGCGGCUCCAUCUAUCAAAGUAAACACAAAUGGAGUGAUUUCAUUUCUUGUCGAAGUGUCACAGUUUAAUCCUGACCCAUUCCCUCUUGGAGAUAAUCGACGUUUAAUCGCACCAUUCUGGGCUGAUAUCGACACAAGAAUUGGCGGCGUUGUUUAUUACAGAGAAACUCAAGAACUUGCUAUGCGAACAAGUGUCUCUAACGAAAUUAGAAGGUAUUUUGUUCGACAAAGAAGCUUCACAGCAAAGUGGACGAUGAUUGUCACUUGGCUCGAUGUAGCUCGGUAUCGUGGACGUUCCAAUUUGCGGAAUACAUUCCAGACGAUAUUAGCAACGGAUGGUGUAAACUCAUUUGCAAUAUUUUACUAUAACAAAAUUGAAUGGACGUUUGGUCUUCAUAGCAGUUCUCAAGGAGUCCCUGCGCAGGCUGGAUUUAAUGCUGGGGACGGUGUUCGAUAUUUUAAUAUUCCAAACUCUCGUACUUCUGAGAUCAUCAACAUUAUAUCGACAUCAAACUAUAAAAGUCCUGGGAUGUGGAUCUUUCAGGUUGACGGAGAGACGGUUAAGAAUACCGGCUGUGCAUCAGGACGCGAUCUGGUACUUUCUCCAAGGUCAGGAAUUGAAUUAGGGGGAACUGUGGUGUACAUAGGAGGGCCGUGUUACAAUUCAUCUAAUGACGUUGUGUGUCGCUUUAACAAAAAUAUCGAGUCAGCUGCAGAGCUUAUCAGUCCAGAACAAGCAUAUUGCGUUACACCUCCGUUGAAUGUUACUGGACUUAUGCCGCUUGAAUUAUCUUUGGACGGUGGUAUCACAUACAAUUAUACUGGCACUUUCAGAUCAAUUCCGAUUGGACGAAAUCCUCCAGAUAUCGAAGGGCUUGAAAUGAAGCAAUGGGUAAACUCGACAAAAACGGUUUUGACAUGGGAUCAAACUGCCAUCAACGCGACUCACAUUGAUAUUGAAAUAUCGCAAUUUGAUACUUUUGACUUCCGUCUUCACCAAGGAAGCUUAACGACGUUUAAGAAAGUUCCAAACUCUGGAAGUUACGCCUUAGAUUUUGGCAAGGAUAGCAUUUCCAUGAAUGGAGAAGGAAGACGAAAACGAAGAAAUUCAAAUGCAGGAUCCGAGAUUGCAAUCGUCAGUAUAACCGCAUCGUCAAAGAGAAAAAAACGAUUUCUGGGGAAAUUUUUCAAGUUUGCUUCAAGAAUCUUUAGUUCACCAUUUCUAAUAACUUCGUUGCUGGCAAGUGAGGUCUACUGCAGAACUUGGCACGGAUAUCAAAACAGGAAAGAAAAUAAAAGAUUGCGAGACGAGUUACCUCCAUGUCCUCCAAGGGUUGAAAUGAUUGAUUACGACCGAUUUAAACCGGAUAAUGCAAGUUUUCUCAGGCGGUUUUUUCAUCCUGGAAGUACGUAUUGUAUCCGCUCAAGGAGAGCUAGUGAAUCUGGUGCUGGUCAACAAUGUUGUUAUAAAGGUAUCUUUCUGUUGGUUGGACCUCCUGGUGGUGGUACAAUUGAUAUUGUAUCUCCAGAAAAGAGUCUGUUGGGCCACUUCGGACGAGAUGUGCUACCUUGGUUAGCAUGCUGUAAACUUUCUUUCUUUGACAACUGUGGUAAAUAUUAUGAUGCAAGACCCUCCGAUGAUGGUUUACGAUUCAUACCUCAACCAACUGCUGGCACAAGAGGUGAUCCUCACUUAUCCACAUUUGACGGAACGUUCUACACAUUCAAUGGUUAUGGUGAAUAUGUCCUUCUCAAAGUCAACAAUGGCUCGGAUCUCGAGUUUCAAGGAAGAAUGAUACCCAUACUUGAUAACCAUGGAGGAACAACAAGAGCAACAGCUCUCACAGCAUUUGUCAUCAAGGGAGCAACGAGUGAUAUAGUGCAGUUCGAGUUUAACAACCGGCGCAGGGUAGACGUGUUAGUCAAUGGUGAACAUGUCGAAUUUGACGAACAAACAAGAUUAGACUUCACCGGCGUCUUUAUUGUUAAACAAAAUCAGUCAAAAUUUGGUACAUACUUUACAUCAGGAGUAGCCGUUGUUGUUACAUCUGUCGAAGAUUUUCUUAACUAUCAAAUUUCAGUACCAUUAAGAUUCAAAGGAAAAACUGCUGGUCUUCUUGGGUUUUGGAACGAUGACAAAGAUCAGGAAUUUCUAUUGCCUAAUGGCAGUUUCAUUGAUACAAAUUCUAGUUAUCGAAGAAUUCACAAUGAAUUUGGCCAGAAAUGGAUGGUGGAUAGGAACCAGACUAUUUUUACGUAUCAUGUCGGAAAGAGUUACGACAGUUUUACAAAUUCCAGCUUCAUACCGGUCUUUCUUGAUGAGACAAACUCGUUGUUUACCAGUCCUGCUUUGGAACAAGACGCAAGGAGUGUUUGCGGCGAAAAUGAGGAAUGUUUGUUCGAUAUUGCUGUAACAGGUAAAAGAGAUGUUGGUGAGGCGACGUUGCAAUCCUUUAAUGAAAUACAGAAAAGAGCAAAUGCGUCAAAACUUGUUGCCAAGCGUAUUUUCUUUGGUUGUGAUGGGGUCGAGAACAGUGGAAAAAAAGUAGAUUUUUGUGGUGAUUGUGAUGGCGACAACUCCUCGUGCACAGAUUGUGAAGGUCGCAUCAGACCUGGAUUUCUCAAGAAUGAAACAUGUGGAUCCUAUCUGCCCUGGAGCGAAUGGAGUGUUUGCAUCGGGGAGGAUGAAAAGGGAAUGAGAGAACGAAAUCGAACAUGUUCAAAAGAAGGUCAUUGUUUGCAUUUGGGUGAAAAUACACAACAAGAAGAAUGUAAGGCCGAUUUGAAUGACGGUUACUAUCUGCCCUGGAGCGAAUGGAGUGUUUGCAUCGGCAAAGGUGAAAAGGGAAUGAGAGAGCGAAAUCGAACAUGUUCAAAAGAAGGACAUUGUCAGCAAUUGGGCCAAAAUAAACAAGAAGAAAAAUGCAAGACUGAUGACGAUGACGACGACAAAAAAGCGUUAAAGCUCUAUGCAGUUGCGAUUGGUAUUCCUGUUGCUGCUAUACUUCUUACCAUUGUAAUCACUGCAUUAGUAUCAUGCAUGCGCUGCUAUGUCAACAAAAAGUCAUCUUCUGCUCCAGGCAAUUCACAUGUCUCUAAUCAUCAAAAUAAGGCUUACAUGAUGUAGUUUAAUGGGUUUUUUUUGUUAUUUUUUUAAGUAGAGUAGCAUGCACACUAAUUAUGUAUAAGAUAAGAUAUUUUCCCUUUUACGAUUACUCUCUUUUGUUGAUGUCUUGUAUAUAUGAGAGAUUAAUAAAUUUUCUAAAAUUGAAACAUAUCAACGUACACCGAACUUGCACUUGUGGGCUGACCAUGGCAUAGAAAGACUUCUUUGUUGUGGAUUACAUAUAACCAAUAAUUUUUUUAGAUAAAUAAAUAUUUAAAAUCAUAGAUCUAGAUCUUAUAGGAAUGUAUAAUGU